AAUGUUGCACUCACCAUAGCAGCUCUUUUUUUACUACUGGAAGGGUGUCCUUUUGCUUCCACAACAUGUCUCACAUGUCUCAACAAUCUUUCAAACAAUCAACAAAGUCUGUCCAGUAUAGCAGCCAUGGAGGAGGGCAUGGAGGCAGUCAAUCUGGAGGUGGCUAUCACUGUGGUGAUGUAGGCUUUGGUGGUGGAGCUGGUUAUGGGGCUGGCUAUGGUGCUGGAGGUAUUUGUGGCUUUGAGGGUGGUGCUGGUGGUUUUGGUGGUGGCUUUGGUGCAGGUGGUGGCUUUGGUGCAGGUGGUGGCUUUGGUGCAGGUGGUGGUUUUGGUGCAGGCGGUGGCUUUGGUGCAGGUGGUGGCUUUGGUGCAGGUGGUGGCUUUGGUGCAGGUGGUGGCUUUGGUGCAGGUGGUGGCUAUGGUGGUGCCUCAGGUGGACUGCACCUUGUCAGUGAGAAGGAAACCAUGCAGAACCUUAAUGAUCGCUUGGCCACCUAUUUGGACAAAGUCACUGCACUGGAGGCAGCCAAUUCUGAGCUUGAACGUAAAAUUAAGGAAUGGUAUGACAAACAAAAAACUGGGACCACACCUGGAGAAGCUGCAAAGGACUACUCCAAAUAUUACAAAGAAAUUGAUGACCUUAUAGCUAAGAUCAUUGCAGCAUGCAAAGACAAUGCAACCUUUGUAUUACAAUGCGACAAUGCUAGGCUGGCUGCCGAUGACUUUAAGCAGAAGUAUGAAACUGAGAUGCAUCUUCGCCAGACAGUUGAGGCUGAUAUCAAUGGUCUGCGUAGAGUCAAGGAUGAUCUUGCCCUUGCCAAAACUGAUCUGGAAUCCCAGCUCCAGAGUCUCACCGAUGAACUGGCUUCUCUCAAGAAGAAUCAUGAAGAUGAGGUUAAAGUUGUUAAAGUGGGUGAUGCCGGUACAGUUAGCGUAGAAAUGAACGCAGCACCAGGUAACGACCUGACCAAAAUCCUGAAUGACAUGAGAGCUCAGUAUGAAGAACUAGCCAAGAAAAACCGGGCAGAAAUAGAGAAAAAAUUUCUGACUCAAGCAGCUCCAAUCAAAGAAAAACUACAGGAAGACGUCAAAGAAGAUACCACAGUCAAGACUCAAAUUACAGACCUUAAGAGAUCACUCCAGUCUCUGGAAAUUGAGCUUCAAUCGCUACUUUCCAUGAAAAAAUCUCUGGAAAUGCAAUUAGCAGAGACCGAGGGAAGAUUCUGCAUGAAAUUGUCACAAAUACAGGAGACCAUUGUUAGUUAUGAGCAGCGUUUGGAACAGCUCAGAGCCGAGUCCGAGUGCCAGAAAGACGAGUAUGAUCAGCUCUUGGAAAUGAAGUCUAAGUUGGAGGCUGAGAUCAAAACAUAUCAGUCCCUUCUGGAUAAACUGGGGGCCAUACAAGUCACCCAAGGACAAAGUCAAGGACAAAGUCAAGGACAAGGUCAGGGACAAGGUCAGGGAACAGGCGGAGAUACUAAGAAACCUUAAAGGCCGAAAAACAAAUCUGAACAAACGCCGAUCUGAACGAAGGUGGAAGUGGAAGAAAAAAAAGAAAGAAGGGAAAAAUCCCAGGAUAAAUCUAAUUUACUAAUGCAAUAUAGAUAGCGGUUUGGUUCAUAUGUUCUUUGUAUUUCGGGACUGCUUUAGAUUGGGGAGUGAGCACAUAUGUUAAAACAAUUAUUGACUCAGCCUCAGUCUCAUGCUGUUUCUUGUUGUCUCCUUUCCUUUGCAUAGUCUCUGCAAUAAACUAUUUUCUGAUGCAAGUUAAA